AUGGACGAGGACCUAGUUUUGGCCCUCAAGCUGCAGGAGGAGUGGGACUUGGAAGCCGUGCGGCGCGAUCGGGCCCAGGAACCCUUAUCGCUAGUGGACGCGUCCUGGGAGCUGGCGGACCCCACCCCGGACCUGCAGGCCCUGUUCUUGCAGUUCAACGACCAGUUCUUCUGGGGCCAACUGGAGGCUGUGGAGGUGAAAUGGAGCGUGCGCAUGACCCUGUGUGCUGGGAUAUGCAGCUAUGAAGGGAGGGGUGGAAUGUGUUCCAUUCGACUCAGCGAACCUCUUUUAAAGUUGAGACCACGAAAGGAUCUUGUAGAGACACUCUUGCAUGAAAUGAUACAUGCUUAUUUAUUUGUCACUAAUAACGAUAAAGACCGGGAAGGGCAUGGUCCAGAAUUUUGUAAACAUAUGCAUCGUAUCAACCGCCUGACUGGAGCCAACAUAACAGUAUACCAUACUUUUCACGAUGAGGUGGAUGAGUAUCGUCGACAUUGGUGGCGCUGCAAUGGCCCCUGUCAGUACAAAAAACCAUUUUAUGGCUAUGUAAAACGUGCUACUAACAGGGCCCCUUCUGCUCAUGACUACUGGUGGGCUGAGCACCAGAGAACUUGUGGAGGCACUUACAUAAAAAUCAAGGAGCCAGAGAACUACUCAAAAAAAGGCAAAGGAAAGACAAAACUAGGAGAGCACCCAAUAUCAGCAGCAGAGAAUAAAGAUAAACGAAGCAGAGGUGAGACACAGCUGUUAAUUCCUUUUUCUGGGAAAGGAUAUGUCCUAGGAGGAACAAGCAAUUCACCUUCAUCUCCGAAAUUUAUCACCUCUCCUGCCAUUAAGCAAACACAAGACCUUUUAAGUCAAGACCAUUCAGCAAAUGCUCCAAGACCGAAUUCUAAAACUGAGGUGAUAUUUGAUCAAAAUGGUUCAAGUAAAAAAAAUUCUGUAGUCUCCACUGUUCUUAGUAAUAGUCACCAAAAUGUUUUAAGCAACUACUUUCCUAAAGUAUCAGUUGUCAACCAAAAGGCUCUCAGAAGUGUGAAUGGAUCUCCAACGAAAAGCUUAACAGUUGGUGACAUCCCUAAAAACUCAUUCUCUUCUGGUUCUCAGAGAAGGGCUACAUCUUCUAAGAUAUUCCUAAGAAAUUCUUUAAAAGCAAUGGAAUCAACAUCUCUGACUGUGCCCCAAGAUACUAGUGGGUCUUAUGAUAAAUUCCCAAAUAAACGACCCAGGCCAGAAGACAAGUCUGUUUUUGAUGGUUUCUUUAUUAAGAAAGAGAAAAUACAAAAUGGUGGUAAUGAUCCAAAGGAUAAUUCACAUCCUGUAACUUCAGCUCAGAAUUCUGACAGUUCUUCUGGUCACAAUAACAUGGUUCAUUGUCCUGUUUGUCAGAAGGAAGUUUUGGAGUCUCAAAUUAAUGAGCAUUUGGACUGGUGCCUUGAAGGUGACAGCACAGUUGAAGUAGAUAUGGAGGAUAGUCAAAUAAGUAAAUUUGUUUUAGAAUAUUUCUACCAACAAAUAAUUCUGUAG